AUGCCAAUGCGCAUGCAUAUAACUUUCACUGUCAUCGAUACCGUCUCGAGGACUGUAGUCGGCGAAAAACCAGCGAAAAUGGCAGCUGAGGGUGAAGCACCAGGCGGUCUAGCGCCUGCCGAGCCUCAGACCGGACCCGAUGGCGAGAUCAUCGGUGGACCCCGCACGCCGCAGCAGAUCGCCGCCCAACGAAGGCUUCAGCAGACGCAAGCCCAAGUUGAUGAGGUGGUGGACAUUAUGAAGUCCAAUGUUGAAAAAGUACUUGACAGAGAUGCAAAACUAUCAGAAUUGGAUGAUAGAGCUAAUGCUCUUCAGCAAGGCGCUUCACAGUUUGAGCAACAAGCGAAGAGCUUGAAGAAUAAAUUUUGGUUACAAAACUUAAAGAUGAUGAUUAUAAUGGGUGUUAUUGGGCUUAUAAUAAUUGGAUUGUUAUUUGUUCGGUACCGCGGCACGCCGACUAUGACUGGUAUUUCAACAGUUGCUUCGGGCGCAAUCGACAAUAAUAGCACUGCACCGGUGUCUAAGGAUUGUGAG